GAAUUGUCAUCACGCUGCUUGCUCUCGGCCAUUUUUACAAGUACAAGCUCCCCGAAACACAAAACACAACACUGUCCCACCAUCACUUGACAUUUUUUACGGGAUAUACCGCUGCGGCGAGACGUGAGCAGCAGUCAUGUCAGACUUUAUUGAGAGCGAGGCUGAGGAGUCGGAGGAGGAGUUUGAAGAGAAAGACCUAAAGCCUAAAAAAACUCAAAGGUUUAUGGAAGAAGAUGAUGAAGAGGAAGAGGAGAACACAGAGGAUCAGGAUGAGCGGGGAAAUUUACGUGGACUUAUUGAUGAUGGAGAUGAGGAGGAGGAAGAAGAAGCUGAAAAAAGUGGGAGUGCAGCAGCGAGUGACUCAGAGGAAGAAGUGAGGCAUCGGCGUAAAAAGCGAAAUUAUGAUGACUACCUGGAUGACGAUGAUCUGGACCUCAUUGAGGAGAACUUGGGAGUUAAAGUGAAAAGGAGGAAGAAGAAAUAUGAUCGUGUAAAAACACUGGACGACGAUGAGGAGGAUGAUGAUGAGAAGGACUUGAUCGCAGAUGAGAUCUUUCAUGGGGAUGCAGAGGGUGAGCUGGAGGAAGGCGAGGCUGUGGAUGAGCCCCUCCAACAUGCAGAUGAUGACGAAGAAGGAGAGGAUGAGGAGUCAGAUAUAGACGAUUUUAUUGUGGAUGAUGAUGGCCAACCCAUCACUAAAAAGAGGGGCAAGAAGUUCUCGGGAUACACAGACGCAGCUCUCCAAGAGGCCCAGGAGAUUUUUGGUGGCGACUUUGAUUUUGCCGACUUCGAUGCUGACACCUACGACCAGGGCGAGGAAGAGGAAGAGGACCAGGAUGAGGAGGGCUGGGAUCGACCCAAAAAACAGACAAAGAGGAGGCAGGGGAGGAAGAGCAUCUUUGAGCUCUACGAGCCCAGUGAGCUGGAAAGUAGUCACAUGACUGACCAGGACAAUGAGAUCCGCACUACAGACAUGCCUGAGAGGUUCCAGUUACGAGCCAUCCCUGUCAAACCUGCCGAGGAUGAUGAGCUGGAGGAGGAAGCAGAGUGGAUCUUCAGACAUGGCUUCUCUACUCUUACGAUAUCCAUGCAGGAGAGCACAGAUUAUCUCGACAGAGGAACAACCACAAACUUUAGCAGGAAAGGACCCAGCACCAUUGCCAAAAUCAAAGAGGCCCUCAACUUCAUGAGGAAUCAACAGUUUGAGGUUCCAUUCAUAGCUUUUUACAGAAAAGAAUAUGUGGAACCCGAGUUAAACAUCAACGACCUGUGGAAGGUGUGGCAGUGGGAUGAAAAGUGGACUCAACUGAGGAAUCGGAAGCAGAACUUGACCCGCCUGUUUCAGAAGAUGCAGGCCUACCAGUUUGAGCAGAUCUCUGCUGAUCCUGACAAACCUUUGGCUGACGGCAUCCGUCCUCUGGACACUGCUGACAUGGAGAGGCUGAAAGACGUGCAGACUCUUGAAGAGCUGGGUGAUGUGUACAACCAUUUUCUGCUCUACUAUGGGCGAGACAUCCCCAAGAUGCAGAAUUCUGCUAAGACCAGCAAGAAAAAACUCAAGAAGAUCAAAGAAGUGUCAGAAGAUGGUGAAGAGGAAUUGGAGGUAGAAGAAGAAGAAGAUCAAAAAGGACCUGAUCUCAAGUUGGCAUCUCGUAGAGAUAUGUACAGCAUCUGUCAGAGUGUAGGACUUGAUGGUUUGGCUAAAAAGUUUGGGUUAACUCCAGAACAGUUUGGAGAAAAUCUGAGAGACAGUUACCAGCGUCACGAGACAGAGCAGUUCCCUGCCGAACCCGUGGAACUGGCCAAAGACUAUGUGUGCAGUCAGUUCUCCGCUCCAGAGUCUGUACUGGAAGGAACCAGGUACAUGGUGGCCAUGCAGAUUGCCCGGGAACCUCUGGUCAGACAUGUUCUCCGACAGACCUUUCAGGAGAGGGCAAAGAUCAACAUUAAGCCAACCAAGAAGGGCAAAAAGGAGGUAGACGAGGCUCAUUUUGCCUACUCCUUCAAGUAUCUGAAGAACAAACCUGUGAAAGAGCUGAAUGGGGAUCAGUUCUUAAAGAUGUGUCUGGCAGAGGAAGAGGGACUGCUUUCAAUUGACAUCUGUAUUGACCUUAUAGGGGUCAAAGGAUUCGCUGGGGACCAGACAUACUUUGAUGAGAUCAAGCAGUUCUACUACAGAGAUGAAUUCAGUCACCAGGUGCAGGAGUGGAACAGGCAGCGAACUUUAGCCAUUGAGAGAGCUCUCACUCAGUUCCUCUAUCCUCAGAUGGCUAAGGAGCUCAAGAGGAAGCUCAUAACUGAGGCCAAAGAGAGCAUUGUCAGGUCCUGCUGUCGCCGGUUGUAUAACUGGCUUAAAGUGGCUCCUUACAGGCCAGAUCAGCAAGUUGAGGAAGAUGAUGAUCUGAUGGAUGAGAGUCAGGGCAAAGGCAUUCGGGUACUGGGUGUAGCCUACGCACCGAGCAGAGAUACACCAGUUUUCUGUGCUCUGAUCAAUGGGGAAGGAGAAGUGGUGGACUUCCUGCGUCUGCCCUACUUUAUGAAGAGGAGGAAUGCCUUUAGGGAGGACGAGAGAGAAAAGAAGGCUGCUGACAUUGAAACUCUCAAGAAGUUUCUAUCCAGCAAAAAGCCCCAUGUGGUAGCUGUUGCCGGAGAAAACAGAGAUGCCCAAAUGAUCAUGGAGGACAUCAAGAGGACAAUCAGUGAGCUUGAACAAGAGUCCUCUUUGCCUGCUGUGGGAGUGGAACUUGUUGACAAUGAAUUGGCCACAUUGUACAUGAACAGCAAAAAGUCAGAGGCUGAUUUCAGGGAUUACCCUCCCUUGCUGAGACAGGCUGUGUCGAUAGCUAGAAAGAUCCAGGAUCCACUGAUGGAGUAUGCUCAGGUCUGCAGCACUGACGAAGACAUUCUCUGCCUCAAGCUACACCCGUUACAGGAGCACGUGGUGAAGGAGGAUAUGCUCUCUGCUCUUUACUGUGAAUUCAUCAAUCGUGUCAAUGAGGUUGGAGUGGACGUAAACAGGGCCAUCGCCCAUCCUCAUACUCAGAGCCUUGUCCAGUAUGUCUGUGGUUUGGGGCCACGAAAGGGCUCCCACCUCCUUAAGAUCCUGAAGCAGAAUAACACUCGUCUGGAAAACAGGACCCAGUUGGUCACAAUGUGCCACAUGGGACCAAAGGUUUUUAUCAACUGUGCUGGUUUCAUCAAGAUUGACACUGCAUCACUUGGAGACAGUACGGACUCCUACAUAGAGGUUCUGGACGGCUCUCGAGUCCACCCUGAGACGUAUGAGUGGGCUCGUAAAAUGGCCGUUGAUGCCCUCGAGUAUGAUGAGUCGGCAGAAGAUGCUAACCCAGCCGGAGCUCUCGAGGAAAUCUUGGAAAAUCCAGAACGUCUCAAAGAUCUCGACUUGGAUGCCUUUGCUGAAGAGCUGGAGAGACAGGGUUAUGGCAACAAGGGAAUUACACUAUACGAUAUCCGUGCUGAGUUGAGCUGCAGGUACAAAGACCUGAGAGUUCCCUACAGAGUUCCCAACACUGAAGAGGUCUUCAACAUGCUCACCAAGGAGACACCGGAGACCUUUUAUAUCGGCAAGCUGAUCACCAGUAUAGUGACUGGUAUCGCUCACCGGCGGCCUCAGGGUGAGAGCUACGACCAGGCCAUACGUAAUGACUCCACCGGGCUGUGGCAGUGUCCCUUCUGCCAGCAGGACAACUUCCCAGAGCUUAGCGAGGUGUGGAAUCACUUUGACAGUGGUUCUUGUCCUGGUCAGGCCAUCGGGGUGCGCAGCAGAUUAGAUAAUGGCGUCCAGGGAUUCAUUCCCACUAAAUUUCUUAGUGACAAAGUAGUCAAACAUCCUGAGGAAAGAGUAAAGGUUGGUAUGACGGUGCACUGCCGCAUCAUGAAAAUCGACAUAGAAAAGUUUAGUGUCGACCUCACGUGCCGCACCUCAGAUUUGAUGGACAAGGCCAACGAGUGGAAGCUUCCUAAGGACACCUACUACGACUUUGACACAGAGUCUGAAGACCAAAAGCACGACGAGGAGCUCAAAAAGAAACAACAGCGAACACCAUAUAUUAAGCGUGUGAUCGCCCAUCCCAACUUCCACAAUAUUAGUUUCAACCAGGCAGAGAAAAUGAUGGAGACUUUGGACCAGGGAGACUUGAUCAUCAGACCCAGCAGCAAGGGAGAGAACCACCUCACUGUCACCUGGAAGGUGGCCGAUGGUAUCUACCAGCACGUAGACGUGAGAGAAGAAGGCAAAGAGAAUGCGUUCAGCUUAGGGCACACACUCUGGAUCAACACUGAGGAAUUUGAAGAUCUGGAUGAAAUCACUGCUCGGUAUAUUCAGCCUAUGGCAGCAUUCGCCAGGGACUUACUCGGGCACAAGUACUUCCAGGACUGCAAUGGGGGAAGCAAGGAGAAAAUGGAGGAGAUAUUGGUCCGGUCAAAGAGAGAGAAGCCCACCUUUAUUCCUUACUACGUCUCAGCUUGCAAAGACUUGCCUGGGAAGUUCAUAUUGGGCUACCAGCCUCGCGGAAAACCACGGAUCGAGUACGUGACCAUCACCCCAGACGGCUUCCGCUACCGCUCGCAAAUAUUUCCUUCAGUAAACGGACUAUUCCGUUGGUUCAAAGACCAUUAUCAAGAGCCUGUACCAGGCAUCACUCCCAGCAACAGCAGUAGAACAAGAACACCUGCGUCCCUAAAUGCCACCCCAGCCAAUAUCAACAUUGCAGACCUGACACGAGCUGUCAACGCCCUCCCACGCAACAUGACCUCUCAGAUGUUCAGUGCCAUCGCUGCUGUCACGGGCCAGGGCCAGAACCCUAACACCACGCCUGCUCAGUGGAGCUCCAGCCAGUAUGGCUACGGAGGCAGCACGGGAGGAGGAGGAGGGAGCUCCUCUGCUUAUCAUGUUUUCGCCACACCUCAGCAACCCAUCGCGACACCCUUGAUGACGCCAAGCUACUCCUACACCACGCCGAGCCAGCAGGCGCUGGGCACACCGCAGUACCCCAGCUCCACCCCACAGUCGUCACACUCUCACACGCACGCCCACCCGCACAUACCACACCACAGCCACCAAGGCCCUCACAGCAGUCACCACGGCCACUCGUCCGGCACGCCGUCUUCCUCCACCUCCUCCAGAGGACGGACGCCGCAGCAGCAGCAGACACCGCAGCAGCAGCAGCAGCAGCAGACACCGCAGCAGCCAAAGGCAAGUGGAAGCAGCAACACCGCGGUGGACUGGGGCAAGAUGGCCGAGCAGUGGCUGAAGGAGAAAGAAGCCGAGGGGCGGAAGAAAGUACAGAGGAUGACGCCGCGACCGUCGCCCAGCCCCAUGAUCGAGAGCACGCCCAUGUCCAUCGCCGGAGACGCCACACCCCUGCUGGACGAAAUGGACCGAUAGGACAAGGAGGUGGGCAGGGAGGCAUUGCCAUACGCUCCCUCACCCUACCUCCGUUACUGCUGCUUCAUCUGGAAAACCUUUGAACGUCAUCUUUUCCCACAACUACAUCAGCUCCUUUUUAAUCAUGCGUCCACUUAGCUGGAGGCCACUCCGUGUUCUCUUCACCUCCUCAUCUCGUAGCCAAACGUUUAAGUCUGGUGUCAUCCAACUUACUCGUCGUCUUGUGAUCUGAAAGGUUUCACCUUCCUCAUCACCCAGCCUCUCUCUGGCUGCUUAGUAUUUUGUAUUAUCAGAAGAUCACUGUAUUUAUCAUGCAGAUCAUGUCGUUACAAUGACAAAAAAAAGACAGCAGUUGAUUAUGGGAUAUGGACCCAAACACACACACAACUUUGUCAGACGAGCUGUCCUGCUAUCAUUAUUUUUGGAGUUGCUUUUAAUUUGAUCCAAAACUGUUUUUUUUUGACCGAGGGGCAGAGUUACAGUUCCACAGUCCAUUUAACUGAAUUUAAUUUUUAUGUCUGGAAUGUGUCGGAAUGAAUAAAGACUGUCGUCGUUUUUUUUUUCCUAUCAGUUUGAAUCUCAAUCUCAAAGCUUCUGCUCUUCACAUCUGUCAAGGCAAACACGUGCGCAUGCGUGACUGCACACUGCAAACACUUAAAUAAGCGAAAUCACCUUUAAGCAGAGUCCUUCGUUUCUGCUGAAGUUUCUCGUACCCGAGCCUGUGCUUGUCGUGUCCACCUCAUGCUGUAUUAUUAUUAUCAUCAUGAUCUGCCGAUGUAUUCUGUAUAUUGCCUCUUUCAUUUCCACAUUGAAAGCAAAGCUUCUUAGUAACGAUAUGUAAUAACUGCAUAUUUUCCAAGUGAAAGCCACUCGCUAUGUCCAGCAACUGCCCAUGGCAGUUAAGACGGUCAUUUUAGUGAGGUGAAUAUUUCAUCUAUAACUUUAUAAAGUUAUUGAUCUCCUAGUACACUGCUACUAAGGUUUAGACCUGAACUGAAGUUUUUCCAAAGCUGCAAAAAUACAUCGUCGUGCAUCACCGACCCUUUUUCACCUCAGGUAUUUGUCUACAUGAAAUAGAAGGACAUUAAUUAAGGUUCCACUUCAGUUUUAAGAGAGCCGUCUUGUAUGUUGUUCAAGUGAAAGGGAAUAUUACGCGGAAUAUGAAACUUCAACCUGAAAAGGCUUAAAGUUUCCUGCGUUUUCUGGAUGUGUUCCAGUGAGAUCAUCUUACUGUGUGGUCAUGAUAACAUUGCAAAAAUGAUCUAAAAAUCUAAAGACGACCUGAGACUUGCAGAGUGCUGUAAAACAUUUUCUCCAACUGCAACACUAUCAGCAGACGUUACUAUCACACAGACUACCUACCCUUGUUUAUAUCCCAAACUGUAUAAUAAUAAUAAUAAGACGGACUGCACGCAACAGCUUCAGUAGAGUGAAUAUAUUGUUAAAAGGCAUCUUGUGUUUUGUCAUGCAGCAUUCUUUUAGGCCACGUCAUCCCCUCUUUGAUGUAUGCAUCCCAAUCUCUGUCCUCUUCUUCUGUGCCACAGUACAAACGAGCAGCACUGUAAUUUAAACGUGUGCUUGAUUCUGCUGCAGUGUGCAAAAGUAUUAUGGUUUCAUAAUAUGCUAUUUUGUUUUGUUUGUUAGUUGGUUGUUUUAUGUGUUUUUUUGGAGUAACUUGCCACGUCAAUUGCCAGAUUAAGAUAUCGCAUCUUGGUUGGUGACAGAAGAGGAGCGAUGCCUUUUUCUAACUGUGAUCCCUUUAAUAAAAGUGUUAAUAUUAAA